GGUACUGUCCAUAAUUUUAGAGGGUGCCUCGGGACUGUCCAUUAUUUUAAAGGGUGCCUCGGGACUGUCCGUAAUUUUAAAGGGUGCCUCGGGACUGUCCAUAAUUUUAGAGGGUGCCUUGGGACUGUCCAUAAUUUUAGAGGGUGCCUCGGGACUGUUCAUAAUUUUAGAGGGUGCCUCGGGACUGUUCAUAAUUUUAGAGGGUGCCUCGUGACUGUCCAUAAUUUUAAAGGGUGCCUCAGGACUGUCCAUAAUUUUAGAUGGUGCCUCGGGACUGUCCAUAAUUUUAGAGGGUGCCUCGUUACUGUCCAUAAUUUUAAAGGGUGCCUCGGGACUGUCCAUAAUUUUAGAGGGUGCCUCAGGACUGUCCAUAAUUUUAAAGGGUGCCUCGGGACUGUCCAUAAUUUUAAAGGGUGCCUCGGUACUGUCCAUAAUUUUAAAGGGUGCCUCGGGACUGUCCAUAAUUUUAGAGGGUGCCCUGAAAUUGUCCCUCAUUUUAAAGGGUUCCUU